AUGGCGGUUUCUCAUCGCCUCUUCAGGCUCCAAUCGCCGGCGACGACGAGGGCGAAGAAUAUUCUUUCUUCUUUUUUCAUUAGGUCUCUCUCUUCUUCUUAUUCUUCUUCGUCUGGUCCUACGCUGGACCCUGAGAUCGAUCUCGAGGAAGCUGCGGCUCAGCUAGAGAAAUCUACGUCCUCGUCUCCGUCUCCGUCUCAAUCAAAAGGCAGAAAUUUCCACUGGGUGUUUCUUGGUUGUCCCGGCGUUGGUAAAGGCACUUACGCCUCUCGCCUCUCUACUCUCCUCGGUGUUCCUCAUAUCGCCACUGGUGAUCUCGUUCGCGAAGAGCUCUCCUCCUCCAGUCUCCUCUCCUCUCAGCUAAAGGAGCUGGUUAAUCAUGGAAAAUUGGUGCCUGAUGAAUUCAUAAUAAGUUUGUUAUCAAAGCGUCUCGAAGCAGGCAAAGAGAAGGGUGAAUCUGGUUACAUUCUUGAUGGUUUUCCAAGAACCGUGACUCAGGCGGAAAUACUGGAGGGAGUAACUAAUAUCGAUCUAGUGAUCAACCUGAAGCUAAGAGAAGAGGCGUUACUUGCGAAAUGUCUAGGGAGAAGGAUUUGCAGUGAAUGUGGUGCAAACUAUAAUGUUGCCUGCAUUGAUAUCAAAGGUGGUGAUGAUGAUGAUAGUCCAAGAAUGUAUAUGCCUCCGCUUCUUCCUCCGAAAAGCUGUGAGUCAAAGCUUAUUACCCGAGCCGAUGACACGGAAGAAGUUGUCAAGGAAAGACUCAAAAUUUACCACAAAAUGACUCAACCAGUGGAGGAAUUCUACAGGAAGCGUGGGAAGCUGUUGGAGUUUGAAUUACCAGGUGGAAUCCCACAGUCAUGGCCUAGGCUCCUUAGAGCGUUACACAUUGAAGACCUUUACGAUAAACAGUCUGCAAUAGCCUAG